UAUUUUGUAAUUUUUUUUUUUAUCUGGUCUACUUGGGUAAUUGUUCCACAUUGCUUAUCUAAGUUCAUCCCGUGAUCCUGUAGGCAUUAUUGUGUAGAUAGAUCAUGUGAUACAUAAUACUUGCUGUUUCAAAAACUCUAAUUACUUACACAAUAAAAACAAAUUGUCAGGUUUUGUGUAAAAAAAUUUUCUUUCAUAUUCAACUUAUAAUCAUAAUUAAUUGUUAAAUGACAAGUGAUUUUUAUAUUCCGAAUCUUUCGACAUAAGUACUUAAUUAUAACAGCAUUCAUCAUGUACCCGAUAAUGUAUGUAGGAUCAUGCCAUCAGGAUAUAGGGAUAAAUUUUGAUACAUAAUAUGAAACUUUUACCGCGACUUGUAUUAUUUUGUCCUUUGUUUUGAAUAUUUUUUUUUCAAACAACAUGAAGCAUGCGAUUAAAAUACUGUAGGUAGAUGGGUGUAAAGAUAAAACUGCAGUUGAAUGGGAUUUUUCAAACAAGAAGAAUAAAAAUUCUAAAUUUAUUUCACUGUCAUGAGAUUUAACAUGUGCGGAUGAUGAUUGGACAUCAGUUGAUAAAACUAAUUACCUGGUGUUUGAACUUUUCGCAGACAAGAAGCACAUAAAAACAAUAAAAUUUGAAGACAUGAAUCAUUGUGCGGACGCAGUGUUGCUGUUGUUGCUGAUGUGUGUCGCUGUGUGCAAGGAAGCAGAAUGCGAAUUCAACCACAGCAGCAUAGACCUCCCGGAUGAGCACAUGCCGUUUUAUUUCCGUAACUUCCCAGAAGUGGGGAAGAAAUGCCAAGCCGAUGAAACCUGCUCAUACAAAGAUGCUGUCGACAGCGACGUGUGCUGGGGCUACGAGCGGGACUGCGACAGAAAGAAAGCGUACUCGGUCCCGUCUUGCCCCGGGGACCACCGAGGGUGGGUCAAGACCAAGGAAGAUCAGCUCAACACUUUCUACACCCAGGGAGACUUUGGCUACAUCAGAGACCAGUUGGAUGAACUAAUGGUCAUGUGUGAGCCUUUGUUUCUGGAAGAUUCUUCCCUUGAGUGUACGAAACAUCUAAGAUUUUGUAGAGGCCGCAACAUCAUGAUUAAUUUCACGGAUUUAAUUAGCAGGACAGAACCUUUCCGAUACAAGAUGGAUGUUCUGAAGCAAGAUCAAAUUGGAGGGUACUGCGUCCUGAAGGAAGACAGGCUCAAAGCGGAAUGCGACCAGCUAAGUCCACUUCAGUCUUGGGGGCCAGAAAUGAGGUACUUCACAAGCUUGUCAAGGCGACCAAUUGUAGAAAACGACUGUGACAUUGUCAUCGAAAAACCAACCUUCAUUCUAAAAAUCGAUGCCACAGUCAACAUGUACCACCACUUCUGUGAUUUCUUCAACCUGUACGCAUCUCUGCACGUGAAUGCUUCUCACCCUAGCAUGUUCUCCACCGACAUCCACAUCUUGGUCUGGGAGAGCUACACGUACCAGUCCAGUUUCCGGGAAACUUGGGAAGCCUUUACUUCGCAUCCCAUCUGGGACCUGAAGACUUUCAGAGGAGAAACAGUUUGCUUCAAGAACGUUGUUUUCCCUCUGCUACCCAGGAUGAUUUUUGGGCUGUUCUACAAUACACCGUUAAUUUGGGGCUGUGAAAAAAGUGGGAUCUUCCAUGCAUUUUCAAAACAUAUUUUGCACCGGCUUCGAAUCCCUCUGCACAGCAGGAAUGAUGACAAAAUUCAUGUGACGCUGCUCUCUAGAGACACGAUGUACAGAAAAAUUUUGAAUGAAGAUGCUCUUAUUGAGGAGUUGGAGAAAAAUCCAAAUUAUGUUGUCCAACGGGUGACGUACAACCGCAACAUGAACUUCCGUGCCCAGCUGGAGCGCACGCACAACACGGACGUGUUCAUCGGGAUGCACGGCGCCGGCCUCACACACCUGCUCUUCCUGCCGGACUGGGCCGUCGUGUUCGAACUGUACAAUUGUGAGGACGAGAGCUGCUACCUGGACCUGGCCAGGCUCAGGGGUGUCAAGUAUAUCACGUGGAAGGACAAGUCUAAACUCUUCCAGCAAGAUCAGGGCCAUCACCCAGACGGUGGUGCGCACGCCAAGUUCACGAACUACGCCUUCGACCAGACAGAGUUCUCGAGGCUUGUGGGCGAAGCAGCGGACCACGUGAGGAGCCACGCCGCCUUCAGGAGGUUCCUGAGCACGGGACACGACGAGCUGUAGCUCUGCCUGCGGGGCGCCUCCAGAAGAGCGCCCUCGAGAUGAAGCUGGGGCGAUGGUGAUCACGCCCCGCGGGCAGGCGGGCGGCCACGUUGAGCGCCAUCUGCUCGCUGACAGCAAAGCUUUACAGAGAUCGUACUAAUCUGAACUCUUUCGAAAUCGACCUGUCGAAGCAAUUCGUGAAAAAAAAAAUUGGCUUCAUUAUUUUUAUAA